UUCAAUAACGAGAUUCGGCUUUCAAAGUUCUCUGUUUAACAUCUAAUCCAGCCGGAAGUCUACGAUUUCAGACUCGAUGCCCUGCUGAGCUGCUUGAGAUUUCAAAAAUUGAAGUCUGCAUCUAAUGUAUUGCUAGUUUACAACUAAAUCUGCCUAAAUGAACACAGGAACUCUGCUCAAGUGCACUGUAAUAUAAUGGACCUUCAACCAAAUCAUACACUUAUUCAUUACUGGUAAAUCGUAGAUAUCUGAUACAAAUUCUAUCUCUGGCGAUUCGGAUCGAAUUUGACUAAUGCGAGAACACAUUCGGUGUUUCGCAACGGAGUACAUUUUCUCUCAUCAUACUCAGCUUAACACUAAGUUGAAAAGAAGGUGCAAGAAGAAAUUCUUGCAGGAUGCAAACCGAGAGCAAUAGAGUGUACCAGUGCGACCGGUGCGAAUACCGUUGCAACUUUCGUCAGAACUUAAGGCGACACCGGAAGACACACGAGGCCAAAAGUGUACAUUGUGAACACUGCCCUUAUAUUUGUCGUUUACCUCAACACCUUCGUCGUCAUCUGAAAUUGGUGCAUAGUUUCAAUCCGGAUCAGGCGACAGGCCCGCUCUUCGUAUGCGCUACUUGUCCAUUUGCGACUGGUAGUGCUAAAGCAAUGGGCAUUCAUUGCACGCGACUUCAUGAUGAUCCAAAGCCCUGGCGUUGUUCACGUUGCGAGUAUCGAGCUCGUUCCCGCUGUAUUGUGCGAUACCACGAGGAGCAAGUGCACGAACGGCGGAGACCUUUCCGCUGCGAAACGUGCGGAUUGGCGGUCGUUAGCAGACGCGUCUUAGCCAUACAUCGGGUCGUACAUUCGCCGGACCCCACUCCAUACCGAUGUGACCGAUGUGCGUACGCUACCCGCUUUCUAAGCAACUUGACCAAGCACAUGAUUGUGCAUACUGACGCAAAGCCUUUUGAGUGCUCCACCUGUAACAUGCGGUUUGCACGAAAGGCCAACUUAAAAACGCACGUUAACAAGGCACAUCGUCUUCUUGAUGUAUCAUUAGCUUUUCAUCCGAGUAAUAACGACCUUCUAGAGCAUAACAUUGAUGCGAUCCUAUCUGAGGAGGCAAGUACGUUCAAAGAGGACCUAAAUGUCGGCCGAAUAAACGGUGUACAGCAAACUUUACGACAAAAGGCAAUCAAUAAAAUUUUGAAAAGCGUACCGGGAAUAACAGUUCCCGUACAAGCUCUUGCAGGCGAGUCUGGAAUUGAGAAAAUGUUUGAAUCUACAAGAAACUGCGGAGUGAUUUUACAGACUGAGGAAGUCGAUGAGAUCGUAUUAGACAAUCCCACACAGCUGAAGACCGUCAUUGACGUUCUAGGCACAGUUACGGAGAGGGCAGUAGUGCAACUGCCAGCGAUGGCAUUGGUUUCGAUAAUGAUUAAUGGCGAGAUUAGUUGCGUAUCAUAAGAUUCGGACAUAUCGACCCCACAAGAUACCGAGGGUGGCAGCGUCGGUGAAGGAAUCUGCCAAGAUGACCUUCGUUUAUCACGAACAGACUAUUGUUCCCGAAGUUGCGAGAGCGACUGCUUCCUGUAUUGCCUACCUAAUCUAUAUGUAAGUCCUUCUAGAAGCAUCUGACACACGAACAAUCGCGACCUAAAUUAAUGAUUAGGUCCUGUGCUGGUAGGCACUGCUAAUUACUUGUAAUAGCUGAAAAAAGAUUAUCCGAAAUAAAGCGAGAUCUGAUGCAACUCUUACUUAAAAUAUAAAUUCAAUCGUUUUUUUCUGGCGAGACGCUUAACACACGUUCGUUUUUAUUCGAAUCUGCUCAAUUGCCUCAACGGUACGUAUAGUGAGGCGCUCUUGAGUUGGUUACGGCAGACAACUAGGCGCUAUUAACUGAGAAGCUCGGUAAUGGUACUCAAAGCAUAGCUACCAAAAAUAUCAGGAAGAUGAAACUGUUCCGUAUUCUCAAACGAAAUGUUUUGAAAGUUGGAAAUAACGCGAGUAGCUUGGCAGCUUUUUAGAUGUUUAUGUGAUUACGAUUUCAAACACUUGACAGAAUACCGCUGUUAUCAAUCACAAGAUUCAGUCGUAUUAUUGCGAUUCAUUACUUCGCUGUAGGAUAAACAACAAGAAACAUAUAUUUAAAACUAAAGCUUUUUACCGCGUUUGCAUUUUCACCGCCUGGAUUUUUAUCCAAUAGAUUUUGAUGAGCUCAUAAUUAUUACUUGGCAAUGACAGUUUCAUGACACGAAGUCAGUAUUGUUUGGUGAAGAGUUAAAGGCCAUAAAAGGUAUUCAUACCUUGCCCACACCUGACGUCCCGGUUGUGGUUCAAACGGUGAUAGUACCGAUGUUAUAAGCACGUUCUGCACAGACAAAAUAUUCGAAUCCGGAGAUAUGCUCAAGGAUCCCCAUGUUGACUUUCCUGACAUAAAAGUUCUAAGCUAUGGUUUUUCGAAUGCGACUCAUAAAUUGAUUAUAUAGUGCCUUUGAAGCGAUACCGAUAAGGCAGAAAGCAGAAGAACUUUGUUUGCACACCAGCCGUAAAUCAUAUGGUUACUAUGAAUUUGCGUGUGAUGGUCACGGAGAGAGGAAUGUUGGCAGCAUGCUAACAGUUGCAAAUCAACACUCGUAAGGGAGUUCCGUUAGCAAAUAAAGAAAAUUAUAAGACGAUUUAACUUGAAAGCCGGCGAAGUAAAGAAAAACAAUGGACAUUUGUUCAUGGACAUCGAGCAGAUUAUUUGAAAAGUAAAGGGAGCUUAGAUACAAUGACCCUGCGCGUUUUCGGUACACUCUGUGCUUUAAGAUAUAUAAUCAUAAUAACAAAAAAAUAUGUGUGAAACGGUAGAUUAGCACAAAAAUAUAGUUCUGUGCCUG